ACUAAAUGGCGACUAGUAGACAACUGAUGAGUUGCUCUUACCAUUGGUUGACAGUGAGUCACGUGACUAAGGUGUGCUCGCUUACCUGCUCUUGCAUCUGUGCGUGAACACACUCUUGACAGGAUCAACUGAUGAGCAGAAGCGAGUGAACCGGAUCUUACACUGUACGCUUGUGACUUUUUAAAUUAAAGUGACCUAACUUGUCAGUUAUACGCAAAUAUUUUUUUAAUGCUGUUAAAAAUACCGCCGCGUUCAAGUAAUGGCACUGUCACAGGUUCAGUGUCUCGAUGACAAUCACAUCAACUUGCGCACUAACGAGUCCAAGCCGGAGUUCUUCUACAGCGAGCAGCAGAGACUGGCGCUGGAGACACUCAUACACGAGGGACGGGACGCUUAUGAGGACUACAUCAAAACAAACAACAUCAGCUGCUUUCUCUCGGACCUUGAACUUGAGAGGAUCCUCAGCACCGUGGAGGUGUAUAGCCCGGGUUCCCCUGAUCAUAGCGCCGAGCUGCUGCUGGGGGACAGCGAUGGGGAGGAGAUGUCCCUUCAGUACUGGCCUGACCGCUCGGACCGCUCCAUCCCUCUGCUGGACAUCGGCUGGCCGGACCGGGCGUCCUACCGCGGAGUCACUCGAGCUCAAGUGUACACUCAGCCCCCUUAUGAGGGGCAGUCACAUAUUAAAGAGGUCGUUAGAAAAAUGAUCUCCCAAGCACAAAAGGUUAUUGCAAUUGUCAUGGACUUGUUCACAGACAUUGACAUCUUCAAAGAUCUCCUGGAUGCAAGCUACAAACGGAAAGUUUCUGUGUACAUUAUGUUGGAGACCACCGGAGUGAAGCACUUCCUGAGAAUGUGUGAGAAAGCAGGCAUGCACACUGGACACCUCAAGAAUUUGAGAGUGCGCAGCAUCAGAGGGGCAGAAUUUUUCAGUCGAUUCUCAAAGAGAGUGUGUGGAAGCCAAAGCCAGAAGUUCAUGUUUAUUGACGGAGACAAAGCAGUAUCAGGAUCAUAUAGUUUCACAUGGUCUGCCUCUAGACUGGACAGAAACCUCAUCACGGUUCUCACUGGCCAAGCAGUCGACACAUUUGACUCACUGUUUCAGGACAUGUACGUGAUUUCUAAUGGAGUGUGUCUGAGCAAGAUUAAUCUGAGCAGUGAGCCUGAACCUGAGUUCCUCCCUAAAGUGGUACCCACUCUACUCCCCUCAGCCACCACAGCAUUCAAGCUCAUUAACCCAAAAUACAGUCUUGUCUCCAACUACACUUUUACUACCAACGGACCUGCAUCUAACCAGACAAGUGCCAAGAACAGCACUUCCAAGAAUCAGAUGGAAGUCAUCAAACAAAUGAAAGAGACACCAGUGGUGCCACCGGUUCACCCAGGACUGCUCAACCUGGAAAAGGCGAACAUGAUCAAUUAUGUGCCGACCUGGCCCGAUCCUGACCCGCCGAGUGAUGUCAUUGGUUUCAUUAACAUAAGAGACUCCAACAAGCCAUUGCAAGCUCACCUAAUGCGUUCAGAACUCUUUGAAGUGUCUCAAGCCAUCCGAUUCAAGGAUCCUUUUCAUAAGGCAAAGGAGUCUUUAUCUCUGAGAGCUUGUCCUGGACCCAUAUCCCAAACUCUCUCUUAUCCUGAAGCUCCUGCUCAGAAACAAACAUCAGGUGAAGUGCAGAAGAAUUUUGAUCAAAAUCAGCUUCAAAGGAGCAGCCGGAGUGAGAAUCUUAUCUCGCCUUUGGAGAAGCCAGAAAGAGUGCAUGUGCUUGCCUGUAAGAAAGUAAAUAAAGAGGAGCUAUGUGUGAUGGGAAAAGAGCUGGACUCUAUAUCUUUGCAGAGCAAAAGCAUUAAUACAGAAAAAGACAUUCCCAAUACAAUUUCAUCGUUCGCUCAAGACGAUACAGAUACAAAGCAAGCUCUGGAUACUCUACAACCUCCGAAAUGUCCUGCCCAAAGCUCAGAGGAUCUUGACAUGAAAUCAUCAGCAAAGUCCAACAAAAGUCAUCAUGACUCAUUUGCCCUCAUAGACAAUCCUGUUAAGCAAAGCCAAGAUGACCAAGUCAUAAAUGAUGUUGCCACUCAAGACCACAGCGAUACAAAUCCAGACACAAACCAAAAUGGCUGGAAAGGUACACAGACGUCUAACUUUGGCUCCAGCAUCUCUUCAUCAUCUGAUGAAUACUAUGAGUGUUUUAGCCCUGUGGAUGACUUUAGGACUGUAGGAGAUGUCUUUGUGCCUGAAAAUACACCAGAAUCUUUGCACAAUUCAAUCCAAAACAGUGACAGAGAGCAGGAAGUUCCUUGUUCAAAUUCAUCCCAAGCUCAAGACAGUACAGAUUUGGAUAAUAAACAAACCUUGUUUAUUCCGAAACUUUUAAAAACAUCUUGCAGUAUUGUUUUCAGUUACUUAUCUGCAGACUUCAAAACAACAACUGCAACUUCCAAAACCACCUUUGCCCAAAAAAGAGACGAAGGUACCAUGUUUGAUGAUAGUAAACUACUAGACAGUGAAACCUGCUGUUUCUCACAGAUUCCUAAUGGUCGCUUCAGAUUAUCUUCAACUUCAGAGGAAUACUUUGAGUGCAGUGGUACAGUGAUUGAUGGUAUUGAUCAUAAAGUGAAACCAAGCUCACUUGAGACACUAAGCUUGAAUGAACAACUACAAAUACUGAAACCUGUCCCGGAAAUUGAGAAACUAUCUGAGCUGAGCAGCCAGAACACAAAAGAAAAUGAUAAACCAAAAAUGCAUUUUGGACAGGAGCAGCCCGAAUUUCAACAAACACUAGAUAAGGCAGCUGACCUGGCAGUUUUCAAGUCUCGACUGGAUGAGAAAGUUCACAGACAAGUACAAGAGACUAUAGUUACGUCAGAGCCAGUGGUAGAAAGUGGUUCUCAAGAACAUGAGAUAAGUGAAUCUCUGAGUGUUUUAGAGAUACAGUCAAAGAAAGAGUCUGUAGAGUUAGCUGAGAAAGUUGAAAAAGAGCCACUACAGGACAGACAACUUGAUGAAGAUCUGGAUUUAUUAUGUGAGGAAAAGUCCGUACUGUUAGCUGAGAAAGAUUCAAAUCCACAACCGCAGGACUUAGAGUCUCAAGUAAGUCAAAAUAUCAAGUGUGAGGGACAAUCUUUAAAGUUAGCUGAGAAAACUGCAAAACCACCAUUGCCGGACUUACAACCUGAGGUAAGUCUAGAUUUGAUAUGUAAGGGACAGUCUGUCCAGUUAGCUGAGACUACUACUAAACCACCACUACAUGACUCUCAGUCUGGGGAAAGUCCAGAUUUAAUGCUCAAACCUUCAGAAGUCAAUGCUACCCCACAGUUGGCAACAGACAAUGAAUUUAGGAGCUCAAUACUGCAAGAUAAAGCAGAUGUAACUCCUGUAAUUCCUGAGAAGACCAAGGAAACAAAGUCCAUAGAGUUCCCCAAGAGUGAGGAACUGCAGAACCCAUUGGCUGAUUUAGAUUCUGAAUCAAAUCAUCCACUCAACCUAAAAUCCGAAGAGCAUGUGAAUAAGCAUUUAAAACGGCUGGAUGAUGAGGUCAGUCCAGCCAUGUUAAAGAGGAAAUCUGAGGAGCACAAUCUUCAAGAGAAAGUACCAGAACAGUUUGAAACCAUUGAGCUGCUGAUAUUAGAGGAUUCAGACUCCCAGAAGACAGAGCUGAACAAUUCUGAACCCACAGGACCAAGAGCUGCACUGAGAAAAGAAACAAAAAUGAGCAAAACUGAGCCUAUAGAACCAAAGACUAUAAAUGAUAGAAAAUCUAAAGAGAAUAAGCUUGGUCAUGAUGUUUACAGUAGGCAAAGAAAGCAAACACGUCACCCGACAGCUCUGAUUGAUGAGAAACAAGAAGGGGAACAUUUUUGUACAAAUCAGAUGAACAAGAACCUGCCAGAGGCCAAACCCAAGCUGGAGUGUCUGGUUAGGAAGCAACCACAUCAAGCAUCAUCCAGAAUUCCUGUUCAAGCAAGAGGAGGGUUAAUUAAGUUACCCAUCAGCAAUCCUAAAGCUGGCAUGCAUAGACACCCAUCUGGAAAACAAUUGGGACAGAAUAAGCCUAGCAUUGCAUCAUCUCCAUCUCCAGAAAAAUUGUCCCUUGGAGGAGUUGCUUCAGUUAGGUCAACACAAAGACCCCCUUGCACAGUCCCUGCACCAAACUGUCCCACCUCUCCCUCAAAACUGCCGCAGGUCCAGCUGACUGCACCUAAGAUCAGGCAGUCAGACCAGCCAAAUGUUUCCAGGAAACGUUCUGCAUCCUUAACAAAGUAUAGUUGCUCUUCUCCUGGAAUUUCCUGUCCAGCACAAAUAAAGAAGCAGGCGACUAAAGGAUCUCCACCAAACAAGUAGAAUAAGGCAUCAAAUUGUUGCAUACUAGUUUCAUGAAUGUAAUGAUGUGCAAUAGAAAACAAAAUGCUAAAAGACCACUGGGUUUUUUUUAGUAUUUGUAUGAACGUUUAUUGAACCAUGUGAGUUGAUCUCACAUAAAACUGCUUUAUUUAUUCUAUUUAGCCAGCAGAAAGUUAAUACAGGAUUAAUAUAAUAUUUUCCCAAUACAAAUAACUUUUUAAUAACUGAUGAAUGUGUUAUGUAAAUUUCAGACACAGACUUUUAGAUAAAGCUUUAUGAUUGUUCUUAAAGCUAUUAGUAUGUAAAUCAUUUAUUUUUCUAUUCAGCUUGAUGUAAAUGAUCAAAUAUUGGUCUUAUUAAAUCAUCACAGUUCACCAUUUGCGUAACACAGCUUGUAAAAUUUCAUUUAUUGAAUUAUUAAAAUAGACCUUCCAGGA